CGCCUCGACGCCUAGUUCUCUGUAAUACCGGACCCACGUAUGUAGUUCUAUCGUGAUUUCACGAGCACGAAGUUCGAGAGAAAAGAGAGAAAUAAUCCAGGACCAACAAUCCGAGUCGGAUAUAAAUAAGUGAACACUUUUUCAAUUGCUGCAAACAUGAAAAAAUAUAGCUGGAGCUAUCGGGAAAUGUUCAGCAGAAAUAGCGACAGUCAUCAGUCAGAAUGAAACUACUUUCGAUUUUGUGGGUUGUUUUUAUGUUUUUUGAAUUAAUUGAAAUGGGAACACCAUUUUUAUGUUUUCACUGUCAUCAAACAUCUGAUGAAUGUAUCGACGGAGAUAAACUGAGUCUUGAUCUCACUAACUGUUCCACAAACAAAUGUUUUGUACUCAAAUAUGAAACUCAAAUGCCAGGUGUGACAGUUUUGGCAACAUUUCGUGGAUGUUUACAAAUACCAGAGCCUGAAAUAAUGCAAUAUGUUAAAACUGAACACCAUACUGUGACAAAAAAACAUUUUCAUUUAUGUAACUAUACCAUGUGCAACGAUGCAGAUAAAAGUCACAGUUCUGGUUUAGGCCAACUCAUUUUCUGUUUUUUCUGUGUCAUAGUUUCAAUAUUCCAGCACUAGAUGUUUAUGAAUGGAUGCAACUCAGAUUGAAAAUUACUAUUGUAUUGUUUCAACUUGAUUGUCCAUGUAUUUAUAUGUUUUUUAUAUUUUUAUAAAUAAAAUGAAUCAAUCAAUUGUA